CCUUGCAGCUCGUCGGCCCGAUCGCUUGCACUGAAACUUUGGGGAGAGGGCUCUCCGCGCCCCCAGCAUCUCUUGCUUUGAGCUGCUUGACCUCCCUUCCCUCCCAGCCAGUGGACUUGAGUCAUCAGUUACUAUUGGAAAAGGAGAGAUGGCAGACGAUCAAGAUCAAGGCUCUGUGGAGAGGCAGGGAGCUGGGGAUUCGGGAAACGGUGAUGCCGUUGACGCCAAGCCAGACCGGUCCUCGUUUGCCUCGCUCCUCAGUGUGAAGAAGAAAAGUGGCUCUAGGAAAUCAACCAAGACCACCCACGAUGGAGGGCCUACCUAUGUGUAUAGCAUGAAUUUUGAGAAAGUGGGCAAAUGCAUCAUAAUAAACAACAAGAACUUCGACCCAUCAACAAGUAUGAGCGUCCGGGACGGAACAGACAGAGACGCCGAGGCUCUUUUCAAGUGCUUCCGAAACCUGGGUUUCGACGUGGUCGUCUAUAAUGAUUGCUCUUGCGCUAAGAUGAAAGAGUUGCUGAAAAAUGCCUCUGAGGAGGACCACAGAAAUUCAGCCUGCUUCGCCUGCAUCUUACUAAGCCACGGAGAAGAAGAAUUAAUUUAUGGCACCGAUGGCAUGAUCGCAAUCAAGGAACUGACGAGCUAUUUUCGGGGGGACAGAUGCAAAACCCUCUUAGAGAAACCCAAACUCUUCUUCAUCCAGGCGUGCCGGGGGACGGAGUUGGAUGACGGGAUCCAGGCCGACUCGGGGCCUAUCAGUGACACAGAUGCCACUCCCCAGUACAAGGUCCCAGUUGAGGCCGACUUUCUCUUCGCCUAUUCCACAGUUCCAGGCUAUUACUCCUGGAGGAACCCAAGAAAUGGCUCGUGGUUUGUGCAGGCCCUCUGCUCCACCCUGAACGAGCAUGGGAGAAGCCUGGACAUCCUGCAGAUCCUCACCAGAGUGAACUACAGGGUGGCCAGGUACUGCGAGUCUCAGUCCAACGAUGCCCGCUUCCAUGCGAAGAAGCAGAUCCCCUGUGUGGUCUCCAUGCUCACCAAGACGCUCAUCUUCUCAAAAUGACCAUUCCAGGGGUGCGAUUUAGCUGAAAAGCAAUCGAUUAUUUGUUGAUGGAUAUUUUUUUGAUGCUCUUGAAAUAUCUGUAAAUUCUAAAGGAUUUUUAUUUCAGGAAAAUCUGUUGAAUCAACGGAAAGAAACUCUGGUGCUGUCUUAUGUCCUCUGAAUUUCCACGAUGUUAAUCUAUUUGAUGACUUUGUAAUUUCCUCUGAAGAUUCUUUUUUUGUUGUUAAGUAUGCUUCCUCCUGUUGUCACACAUAGCACAUACAACAAAAAUGACCUCUGCAGAUGCCUCUUGGCUGCGUCCACUGUGACUGGAGGUGACAUUGGUGGACAGCCAGAGUCAUAUUUGUACCUGGCAAAAAGAGUCCCGGUGCUUGACAAAACACAGCCAAGCGGGUAUUCACCCCCCUGUAUUGCACAAGGUCGGUAGAGAGUGUGAUUUGAGUUUUUUUCCGUGGCUUAGGGCAGAUUCUCAUGCAGAUCCCCAACUAAGUUACAGGGGAAAAUAAUUUAAUGACUGUUAAGUAUGAGUCAGGAUCUGGCCAGGAAAACAAAAGCCGUUGUAGGUGUUUCAAUAGAGGGAAUUGAAUAAAAGAAAUUGACUUACAAAGAUGAUAAAAGAGAAGCCAGAUACAAGGAAGCUGUUACCUAGAGCUGUGAGGCAGUGUGUUUCCCUGAGUCCAGAACCGGAGAUCACUUAUCAGAGCUGGAACCACAGUGAGGGGCUGCCUGGUGGGAGCUGGGACCCACCAACGAGGAGGAGAGGGGCUAUGGAAAAUGGAGCCACGGCAGGGUGAAGCUGCUGCCUGAGGGGGAAACUCCAGGUGAGGCAUGCAUGGAGAGGUACCCUGGCGCAGUCUUCUGCCCUGGAGUCUUCCUCCAGCACCUACCCUUCCAGCCCCGCCUGGAAGCCAGUUGACAAGGGCCUUGGGAAGUAUAUUUCCCUGCAGUGCAGUGAAGCAAGGGAGAGUGAAUGAGGCAGGGGAGGAAUAGGGAGUGAGUGUAAGCGUGCCCAUAAUGUGAACAGAUCUACUUAUAUUCCCUGACAUCCUGAUAUUCUGCCGUUCAAUCAUUCAUUCAUUCAGUUGUCAGAUAAUCUAUGUAUUGCCUGCUAUGUGAAAAAUAAUCUAUUUUAGCUUUAAUAGAUACCUGAAACUUUUUAG